AUGGCGGCAUCACUGUUCACUUUCUCCUCCACUUCAAGAAGAGUCGUCCCAACUCCAAACUCUCCUCCUAUUCCCAUAUACAUCAAAGCCACAAAUUUCGUUUUCAACCCUGAUAUACCAGAUGUUCAUCGAGGUCUUGGACUAGAUGAUUUUGUCAAUUUCUUAGUCUCCUGCCGACUUCGAUACGCAAUCAGUGACGUUCCAUCAGAGUUCUUUCCCGAACAAGUAUGUGAGUUCUACAACACUGCAAUGGUUAAUGAUGAAAACAACAUCAUCUCCGGGACUAUUGGCCGUGGCAGAAACUCAAUUUUUAUCACUGCUGACCUCCUCAGUGCUGCGCUCAGAUCUCGCAGUAGUGAUCAACUGAGUACUUACGAGCAACAAGUUGUCUGUUCCCUUCUUCUAAACAAAUGUCUUGAUUAUGGGGCUUUCUUCUUUGAUCAGCUUGUCCAACUUCUUUGUGCCAAUGUACGCGCUGAUCAUGUCCCCUUUCCACGCUGGAUUGCUCUUGUCCUAGAUAAAUUUUUUGUUGAAUCCUACUACUCCCACUUUGGAAACCCCAUCCAAUGCCCACGCAUGUCAGUGCAAAUGUAUCAAGAUGAUCCAAUGGAAAAUGACAUCGGCAUAUCUGAUCGAAUGAGAGAAUGGAUCACAAAUCCAUAUAUUGUUCCUUCACUAACCGCUGAUACUGAUGAAGGAGCUGAUGGUAACAACAAAGAUCAUGCUGAUCAACAAGCUGAAACGCAGGGGAGCACCCAUCCCAGGGGGAGCAACCUUCUCCGGGGGAGCAACAUCGCUCACAAGAAGUUCCAGGUACUCCUUCAUAUACCGGCCUCAAUAUUUAAUGAGCUUCUUACACUGACUCGUGACAUGAGUCAACGUCUUCUACGAAUUGAGGCCGAUGUCCACCAACUGAAGGGAGUUCUUUUGCCAAAUCCUUCCCCUGGCCCACAACAUGAUGGUGAUAAAAAAAAGGGGGAGAAACUGAUGAUGAUCAAAAAGAAGGAGAAACUGAAUCUGUUGAGCUCAGAUCUGAGGAUAACAUUUUAA